GGCGCAGUGGUCCCCCGCCGGCUUGCGCGCGCAGCUACUGCAGGACCAGCUUCUGGAAGCUCAUUGCGGUAGCGCUGGUCCUGGCUGCUGGUCCUGAUGCAGUGCCUGUUGGUGGACUGUACUGAUAUCCAAUUAGAGUCUAAGGGGACCGAGUUCCUGCUGGUGAUACAGACUGCAGGCGGUAACACCCGCGAACAAGAUGACGGCCAUCUCCUCCGAGCCUCAUGCUCUGGCUUCAGAUCAACAAAACAAGGACCUGAGAAUGGAUACACCUGGGGAGGAAGACGCUAUCCUGGGAGGAAACACUCCCGACCCGGAGUCUCUCAGGCAGAGGUUCCGAUGGUUUUGUUACUCAGAAGAGGCUGGACCCAGAAAAGCCCUGAAUCGGCUCUGGGAGCUCUGCCUUCAGUGGCUGAGGCCAGACAUCCACACAAAAGAACAGAUUUUAGAGCUUUUGGUGUUUGAGCAAUUCCUGUCCAUUUUGCCCGGGGAGAUCAGGAUUUGGGUAAAAUCACAACGUCCUGAGAAUAGUGAGAAAGUGGUGACCUUAAUAGAGGAUUUGACCCAAACGCUUGAAGGAAAGGAAGUUUCUCAAGAUUCUGUUAUUUCCCAAGAGGAGAACCCUGAAGAAGAUACAACGAUUUCUGUCCUUCCAAAUACUGAGUCCAGGGAACCCAUGACAUUCAAGGAUAUAGCUGUGAAUUUUUCCAGAGGAGAGUGGAGGAAGCUGGAACCUUUUCAAAAGGAGAUAUAUAAGGAAGUGCUACUGGAGACCUGUAGGCACCUAGAAUUUCUGGGCUUUCCAGUUACCAAAUUAGAUGUGAUUUCCCAGCUACCGUGGGUUGAACCAGGGCUUCUGGAAAAAGAAGUCUCAGAAGGCCCCAUACCAGAGUGUGAACCUAGAGGUGAAUUGAAGGAAUCUGUUCAAAAUCAAGAUGUUCUUAUGGACGAAUCAACUUUAGAAAAAACAGUAGAUAUGUACUUAAUGUGUGGUGAUUAUGUUUACCUUGGUGGAAAACCCUCUAUGUGCUAUGAUUGUGGGAAAGCUUUCAGUAAGACUGUAUCCUUCUCACCCCGUCGUAGAGCUCAUAGUGGAGAGAAACCCUUCAAAUGUGAUGAUUGUGGAAAAGGUUUCACACUAACUGCUCACCUCAUUAAACAUCAGCGAAUUCAUACUGGAGAAAAACCCUAUAAAUGUAAAGAAUGUGGGAGACCCUUUAGUGACAAUUCAUCUCUUAUUCAGCAUCAGCGAAUUCAUACUGGAGAAAAACCCUAUACAUGUAACGACUGUGGCAAAUCCUUUAGUCAUAGCUCAUCCCUUUCUAAGCAUCAGAGAAUUCAUACUGGAGAGAAACCCUAUAAAUGUACUGAAUGUGGAAAAGCCUUUAGACAGAAUUCUUGCCUUACCCGACAUCAGAGAAUUCAUACUGGAGAAAAACCAUACCUGUGUAACGAUUGUGGAAUGACUUUCAGCCAUUUUACAUCUGUAAUUUAUCAUCAGCGACUUCAUUCAGGAGAAAAACCCUACAAAUGUAGUCAGUGUGAGAAAGCCUUCCCUACCCAUUCUCUCCUUAGUCGUCAUCAGCGAAUUCAUACUGGUGUGAAACCUUAUAAAUGUAAAGAAUGUGGAAAGUCCUUCAGUCAGAGCUCAUCUCUUAAUGAACAUUAUCGAACUCAUACUGGAGAGAAACCCUAUGAAUGUGACUAUUGUGGAGCAACCUUUAGUAGAAGCUCAAUCCUUGUAGAGCACCUAAAAAUUCAUACUGGAAGGAAAGAAUAUGAAUGUAAGGAAUGUAAGAAGACAUUCAAAAGUAAUUCAGGCCUCAUCCGACAUCGGGGAUUUCACUCUGGAGAGUAAUUCUUGAACUAUAGCAAGGUGGGAGGAAAGUUAAUCAAAACUGUUCCUUAUUAGAAACCUGGAUAUAAAUUGCCACCACAUUGAUUAGUAGCUGCAACUUUGAUGGGUUGGCAGCUAGGAAAGACUUUCCCCCAUUCAUCCUUCUUUGUAAGAAUGUUAACUUUUUGGGAGAUAGUAGUUAGGGCUGGAAAAGUCAUGUGGAAAGUGAAAAUAGUAUGAGAUGUGAAAUUAUUGUAAAAGGUCAAAUAUGAAUUUAAAUAGCAGGGGAGGGGGUACCCAGAACCUACCUUUUUAACCAUUUCAGAAGAUUUCCCUCUCUUCUACUUUCCCCCUCCACUCCCAUGUAGUGUAAUAGAAAACUUGGUUGGAGUCAGAUAGCCUGGGUUCUGUCCCAGUUUCCAACCAAUCUACUAUAUAACCUUUCUGAAUUUGUUUUUGAACUGAUAGAAUGAAGGGUUGGGACUAAUAAUUUCUAAGUUGGGGUUGUUGUUUUUUGUACCUCAUAUUUUCUGAAGCUGUAGACAUAAGUAAAAAUUAUUUAUUUAUUUAUUUUGUUAAUCCUCACCCGAGGAUAUUUUUCCAUUGAUUUUUAGGGAGAG